UCGUCAUACGUAUGUAUGUACUUGCCAGCAAUUAAAAUUAGUCAAAGUCAAUGAUUGGUUAUACCUUCUUAACAAAUACCUCGAUAUUCCUUUAAUUAAAUCUUGAGAAAACUGAAUGAAAUCACGGAGUAGUUUACUAACUGUUAUGAAUUAAUACAAAAUUGCAUUUUUGAGAUAGAAACAAGAAUCGUCAAUUCACAAGAUGUUAAGACCACGACAGAGCAGCUAUGUUAUCAAUAACGUCAAUGCAGGUCAAAUAGACCUGGGAAAUACUGCAGGUUACGAGAAAUGUAUUGAUUAUAUAGAAAAAGACGAUUAUGAUCAAAUACCGGCAGAUAGAGAUACUAUAAAUCAUGAUUACCUUGUUUUGACCUCAACAUUCAAGAAGGAGUUCACACAAUCAAACAACGAGGUUCAUCAAAAGAAACACCCAGACAGUGAGGUUCAUCAAAAGAAACAGUCUGUAUUGAGGCCAAUAUUUCUAAUUAUGCUUUGCAUUAUAAUCACAGCAUCAAUUUCAGCAGUUGUCACUUUCUUUGUUACAAAACAAAUUGUUUCAGAAAAGAAUGAAAAGUAUAAAUCAGACGCAACACAAUGCAACAUUACUUGCUGCAACAACACAGAAGAUGCAUCUUGUCCAGUGCCAUGUUCGCAGGAACCGUGUGAAAAUGGAGGAACUUGCGUCAACGAUGAUUGUAUGUGUGACGAUGGCUUUGCUGGAGUAAAUUGUGAAAUAGGUUUGUUUAACUUAGAAUUAUUUAUCAGGACGAUUCAAUAUAGCUAAAAUUGUCAAAGUGAAAAGUUGUACACAUGUACACAUGUAUUUGAUUCAACUUUGAAAUCACAAAUUUCACUGUUUUCAGAUAAAACCAAAAACUAUAUAACAAAAAGAUCAGCAAUACAUUAAUUAAGACUAUACGCAUUUAUAGUGUGAAUUUUAUAGAUAUAAGAAGAUGUGGUUUGAGUGUCAGUGAGACAACUCUCCAUUCAAGACAAAAUAAGUAAAAGUAAACAAACUCAUCACAGAAACCAGGAUUGAAAUUUUAUAUUUGCACCAGACACAAAAGACUCAUCAGUGAAGCUCGAAUCAUAAACAGUUAAAAAGGCCAAAUAAAGUACGAAUUUGAAGAGCAUUGAGGACAAAAAUUUCAAUAACAACUAUGUCCUGUAAACCAGUAUGUUUUCAUUAAAUUUUUACACAUAACCACAUAAAAUGAGAAUACUGAUUCGAACCUAUGAACAACAGGAAGUGACCAAAAGUUGGCACAUGCAUUUCCUAACCAUAUUUAUGAGCCUUUUAUAUUAUUUUAACCAAACAUGCAAUGCCGACCCAAACAAACUUAUACCACAUCCAAAUACAUGUCAGCUGUACUAUAACUGCAGUCAAGCGGUGCCCCCCCCUUCCGACAGAGUACAGACUGUACGAUCACAUACCACAAGUUCUAAGACCUGCCUACCUGCACGAAUGUCCUUAUCCUGAACUUUUCUCAACAACGACUAUGUCCUAUGAAAAUUAUACAGACGUAAAAUGCGGGUCUAGAUAUGAAACAAAAAAUAAAUGUAAGUAUAUACGAGCAAAUUAAAGUUGAUGGUGAAUAUCGAUGAAACCUCCUUAAAUUACGGUAGAUAAAUGAUCACAAAGAGUGAAAUUAUUGUUUGAGUAGACUGAAACAAUUCAUAAAAUCUUGCUGAAAAUAUACGUUUUAACAAAAUAAUCUGAAAAUUGGAGCAAAGAGUCAAAUGAAUUGAAAAUAUUUAUGAACAUAGAUAAGUUAAUGAAUGAAUGAAUAAAUGCAUAGAAAAAAACCCACACGCAAUUCACCUUUUAUACAUUUGUUUCAACUUUGAUUCUAUGGUCAUGAUGGUUAGACAAAGUAAUUACACCGCACCUAAAAACACGAAUAUUAAAAAUUAAUUGAAAUCCAUAAAUUGAUCGUCUUAUUUUGCUAGAAAUUGAAAUAUAUUAAUGAUUGGUAUAUUUGUAGGUGACUACCUUGCAGUAAGCUAUUAUUGCUUAGGUGCAUGUAAGGUAUGCACAUAUCAUAUCCCUGACUGUGUGGGAUUUAGGAUAGUCUACAGAGGAUUGCUUACAUCAAAGAUGUGCAAUUUCGGGUUAUUAUUGUUACAUUUUCAUUUACAACCGUGCACAACGGAUCCGCAUGGGGUACAUACAUUUGUUGUAUUCUGACAGAAAGACGACUUUGAAUCAAAGACUGGUUCAG